UCAAGUUUCACUGGGUGGGAAAUGGAAUAUGAAAAGAAUGAUAUGGAUGGAGAUCAGAAUAGAUGGCAGUAAGACUGUAAAAGUUUGUUACGAAGCAGACAUUGAUAGAUCACGAUGACGACGAAGAAGAAGCGAGAAGACGGCCUACCUUGAAUUUCGAAGGUGGUCCGCUGAAUUCUGAUGAUCAGUAGGAAGGUCAGAUCUACUGGAAGAUUGAUGCUGAUGAUGAUGGCGGCCCUUUGUUUAAAAACUCGGGUUCGUGAUGUAACUGCGUCGCUACUGCUGAAAGAGAAAAGUUUCAGAUAAAAUGAGAA